GUGAAGAUAUAUUUCAGUGGAUGUCAACUAUCUUAGCUAAUAAAGUCUUGAAAUGAUGGUACCUAAGAUAUGGGAUCGAAUCUCGUCUACAACAUUUGUGACUUUGCCGUUAGACCACUAUGCAACAUAAAAAGAAGAUACAAACAUAUUCCAACACGCUUACAACACGAGUACGAACAAUACAACGUCCAAGUUUCAACAAGUUAUUCCAUAAAAAAAGUAAAAAUUCAAGGUUGUGAAAGUUCUAGACUGACCUUGAAACCUUCCAUAUUUUUUCUACCCAUUAGGCCAUUACCAGUCCAUCUGGACCAUUUCCAUAAUACAUAAUAACAUAUCCUCGUCCACAAAACCAGAUCAAUACCACCAGAUCGAGUCCAUCAAAAAAAAGUCUUAAACACAUUAUUCAUCGAUCAAAUAUUCAAAUAACAUCAUGUGCUUGGUGUUUGUUGUAGACGAAGACGAGAAAGUAAUCGGCCGAUACGCAGCAGGCGGCGCGUGCCCCUACUGCGGUGGCCAAGUCCAGGCUAUGGAUGUUGAGAAAGCAUGGCGUUUAUGUUAUGUCCCUUUUUACUUUCGCACCAAACGCAACUUUCACUGCUCCUUUUGUAAUCGCCCCUUGGUUAUUCAGUAACAUGCGGUACUAAAUUCCUCUCUUUAUUAAUUUUAUGUAAAAGGAUUUGAUAUUUGUAAAACAUUAUGCUACUUGUACAUAUAUUGUAAACAUUAUAUUUGUAAUACAAAUGAUAUUGUUUUAAUGUUUUUAAUAUUCUAAAGUAUUAGGCUCAAUAAAAAAAAAUGGCAUUAAUGGAACAAAAUUACAAAAAGUAUUUACAAACUAACAACACAUCAACACAAGUCGGUGGGACUCACUUUAGUCCUAAGAAGGAGUUUCAUUAACUACGUUAGGGAGCAGCUCAAGCGUAGAUAUACAUACGGGAGUUCUUCUUCUUACCUAUUUUAAAGAACAAAAAAUUCAAAAUUGCCCAAUCCAAAACAAUAAUACUCUUACAGUUCGUUUGGUAGUCGGUCAUAAAUGGUGUCAAUAGGAAUGAAUUUGUACGAAAUUUGUAAGAAAAAUCAAUGUCCAUUCUCAUGGUAAUGCUAGUUUGUUCAAAAUUAUCUCAUUUUCUUUCCAAAUUUCCAUUACCAUCCAUUAUCAUUUGGGGAGUAUGUGGUAUUUGGUGGAAAUAUAAAUUUAUGAAGAAAAACACCAAAUUUGAGACAAAAUUUCAUUACCAUGGACUUCAUGUUGUUAUUUUCUUGCCAAAUAACACUAAAAAUUUAUUUUCAUUCCCAUCAUUUAUUACCGGCUACCAAAUGGAUCGUUAUUUCUCAAACAUUUUCAUAUAGCGGACUGAAUGCAAUCCGCUCGAUCUCCCUAUAUAGAUUACCAAACACCUGCAUAGUAAGAUGCUCGAUCUCCCUAUAGAUUACCAAACACCUACAUAGUAAGAUUUUGAGCUUCUUAUA